AUGACUUACAGGGUCCACUCAUUGAAUUUCCGACUUCGUCCACUCAAGGUGUUAGGUCUUUAUCCUCACAGACAAGUCUGGUACGAAUUUGUCGACCACGGAGGGAUGAAAGUACCUCUGGUGUUAUCGAAAUCUCUCGACAUCCCGCAACUGAUCCCUCCAUGUCCAACUGGAUCUCGUCCGCUUCUUCGACCAGAUGGAGAGCCUCGGAAAUGUCUUCCGCAUCAAAAUAAUCUUUGUGUAAAUGCGCUUCCUGAUCGGCCUAAUGCAACUACCGUAUGCUGCUACAAUAAUCAGGUGGAUUACUUCUGUUGUCUGGACACGACAGCUGAACAAUGCCCUGAUUAUCAACAUGUGACCGUGGUCAUUCACAACUCGUCUCCACACAAUCCAUUCGCGUUGAAAUCAUACUUCUUCCGUGAAGGGAUCGAAGAUGAAAUUAUCGAUGCAGCCAUACGAGGUUCUAGUGGCGAUUCCAGUUCGGAUAAUAGUAUUCGGAAGGAAGACGGAUUUCUGGUUAGGCGAAAUCGAGAUUGA